UCGGUCGUAAUCGUUUUGAAGAAAUGUGUUAUUUGCAUAUUUAAAUCUGCUUUAAUUAGGAAUUUUACCAACGGAACGACGUAUCAAAACAAAGAGAUAAUUACAACGUGAAACAUCUAAGUGUGUGUUACGUUAAUGGAAUGCUUAUCACAUUAAACGCUACAGGCCUGAGCUGGAAUAUAAUUGAAAUUCCAGAAUCUGUGAACAAGAUUAUCCUCACAUAACAGACAAAAUGGAUAUUUUACCAAUUUUCCGGAAUGACUGGGAACGUGGACGAAAAAUACACGGAGAGAAUUAUACUGGAGAGGAUAUUUUCUACUGGAAACCGUUGAAGGAAGAGCCGAUAAUAACUAUAGUGUUUUUAGUGUUUAUAGUUUUGUCUCUACUGGUGGGUUUCGUCGGAAAUAUACUGGUCAUAGGAGCCGUCUGUGUGCAUCGGAGACUCCGAACUACCGGAAAUGUCUUCAUUGUCAACCUAGCAAUCGCAGAUCUUAUUGUCGUGUCAAUUGUGCUGCCCUAUAAUAUAGUUGGAAUUGUAAUUGGUCCGGAACAUUUCCUAAACUUUGAAUCAAUGUGUCACGCGGUCGCAACAAUCUGUGUCUCUAGUUGCGCGUGCUCCAUGAUGACCCUAGCGGCCAUUGCACUGAACAGGUACAUCUUCGUGUGUCGUAACAAGUACUAUCACCGGAUAUACAACAAAUGGACCACGCCCAUUAUGUGUCUGUUUCUAUGGAUCCUGGUCCUUUUGAUUGAUAUGCCAAGUUAUCUGGGCUGGGGCGGACACGCCUACGACUUUCAAACUAUGGGAUGUUCAUUCGACCGAAAAGGUCACUUAUCAUACGUUCUAUUUCUCAGUGGCGCCAUCUACUGGGUUCCUUUCAUACAAGUCUUCGUCUGCUAUUUACUCAUCUACAAAUACGUUCAGAAAAACCGCAAACAGCUCCGAAAGGCAUUUUCUCGGAUUUCAUGUAACAAUGAAGCAGUGCUUAAUACGAGGAGGGAAGAGGAUAUGCGAAUGGUGCGGACAUUUUUUAUUGUUGUUGUAGUGUUUUUAAUUUGCUGGACACCGUAUGAUCUUCUGGUGUUAUUUGACAGGUUGGAUGAGGCGCCUCGUCUUCUUUACGUCAUUUUGCUUGUAAUUGGUCAUUCUAAUAGUGCCCUGAACAGUGUUUUGUACGCCAGCACGAACCGUCGAUUCCGACGCGGAUACAUAGAGUUUAUCUGCUGUAUAUUUAAUACACGGUGUUUCAAAAAGAGUGGCAUUAGCUCGCAUGUUUUUAAUUCAACAAAGAGUGGCUUGCCUGCAUACCUUAAAAACAGUUCGGACGACAAUAGUGGUGUCUCCCUAGGGACUCAACAGUCCAAGUAUCAAUCGUCACCAAGACUCGUCAAACGCUGAACAUUGCUAUACUGACCUACUCAUCAUGGAAGGGAGCAUUUACACAAGCUGUAAUGGCACAUAGGGACGUAUAACCAUGAUUAUCCAUGUUCUGUGUGAUAAGGUUCAUUUCGAUGUGAAAAGCUUCCAUAUUAGUUAUUUCUUUACAAUGUGUAGAAAUACCCCGUGUGUGUAUUCACACAGGAACCUAUACGAUGGCUCCCAGCUCCCAGCCAACAAAUGGUACAGUGAUACUACUCACAUCUGGUAAACUGUGCAGUUCGAUGAUCAAGAUUCAAGAGAGAGCUGUCGGAUGAAUUCGCGCCAAACUGUCGCAGAAGCUCCACGAGAUCUCCAUGUGGCAACGUCACCUUGCGUCAGUGGUGAUAACCAGGGGAGAUAAUUCCCCCCGGUUUUCACUACAAAUGUGAUAACUCUGUGAUACCUCUGAUUUUUACUAAAUGUUGUUUCAUCCUUCAUUAUACAACUCGAUGCUAUUAUGAAACAUGUAUUUCAACAUAACGGGUUUACCAAAUGAUGUUAUAUAAGGAUUACACGUGUUAAAUUGUAAGUACUAUAUAUAACCUCAAUGAUGAGCUCCGGUGAUCCUAGAACAAAAUUACGGUAACAAAUGCCUCAAACUCUACGAACUUCUUCAGCAUUUUUCUAUGUUUCAUACUGAAAGCACCCUGUAUUGUCACAAAUUUUCAGAAGUUUUGCGUUCUGGGCGAUUUCUAAGAAAAACAAUUUUAGUUUUACAAUUAUAACAUGUUGUCUUACCCAGUAGAGAAGACCAGUACUAUAACAUGACAUUCAACACCACAAUUCUGACUAAAUGUUAAACAAAAGUACGUCGUCAUGUAAGUCCGUCCUAGGCAAAGUGUAGUCCCGCAGAAACUCGUAUAUUAUAAAUAUAAAGUCAGAAAAUAGAUACAGAAUAUAAAAAGUCACUCAGAAACUAAAUAUCGAUUAUAAAUGGUCAGUCGGAAACUGAAUAAAAAUAAAACACAGGAAAUAAGAAAAUAGAUAAAUGCUAUAAAACUAAAUAUGCACAAUAAAGUAUGAGUUAGAAACGGACUAAAAACUGUCAACUAGAAAAUAACAACAGUGAGAAACUAUAUACAGACUAGAAACAGUGAGAAAGUAAAUACAGACUAUAAACAGUGAGUAACUAAAUACAGGCUAUAAACAGUGGGAAACUAAAUACAGGCUAUAAACAAUGGGAAACUAAAUACAGACUAUAAACAGUGGGAAACUAAAUACAGACUAUAAACAGUGGGAAACUAAAUACAGACUAUAAACAGUGGGAAACUAAAUACAGGCUAUAAACAGUGGGAAACUAAAUACAGGCUAUAAACAGUGGGAAACUAAAUACAGACUAUAAACAGUGGGAAACUAAAUACAGACUAUAAACAGUGGGAAACUAAAUACAGACUAUAAACAGUGAGAAACUAAAUACAGACUAUAAACAGUGAGAAACUAAAUACAGACUAUAAACAGUGGGAAACUAUAUACAGGCUAUAAACAGUGACAAACUAAAUACAGACUAUAAACAGUGGGAAAGUAAAUACAGACUAUAAACAGUGAGAAACUAAAUACAGACUAUAAACAGUGGGAAACUAAAUACAGACUAUAAACAGUGGGAAACUAAAUACAGACUCUAAACAGUGAGAAAGUAAAUACAGACUAUAAACAGUGAGAAACUAAAUACAGGCUAUAAACAGUGAGAAACUAAAAAUACAGGCUAUAAACAGUGAGAAACUAAAUACAGGCUAUAAACAGUGAGAAACUAAAUACAGGCUAUAAACAGUGAGAAACUAAAUACAGACUAUAAACAGUGAGAAACUAAAUACAGACUAUAAACAGUGGGAAAGUAAAUACAGACUAUAAACAGUGAGAAACUAAAUACAGACCAUAAACAGUGAGAAACUAAAUACAGACUAUAAACAGUGGCAACUAAAUACAGACUAUAAACAGUGAGAAACUAAAUACAGACUAUAAACAGUGAGAAACUAAAUACAGACUAUAAACAGUGAGAAACUAAAUACAGACUAUAAACAGUGAGAAACUAAAUACAGACCAUAAACAGUGAGAAACUAAAUACAGACUAUAAACAGUGAGAAACUAAAUACAGACUGUAAACAGUGGGAAACUAAAUACAGACUAUAAACAGUGAGAAACUAAAUAUAGGCUAUAAACAGUGAGAAACUAGAUACAGACAAUAAACAGUGAGAAACUAAAUACAGGCUAUAAACAGUGAGAAACUAUAAAUACAGUCUAUAAACAGUGAGAA